AUUCCCAGGAGGGUAAAAAAGCGGGAACAAUGGCUUUCAGGACGGAGGGACACAAACACCCAAUGCCGCAGCGACUGGGAGGGUCGCGAUGCAGGAGGACGAAAUGGGAGAAGGGGGACAAGGGGGACUUCGGCCUCCCUGCGGGCGGGAGCUAGGCCGCUGGAAAGUCCGCUCGCCUCUCGCCGGCAAGGGAUGACGCCCUGGGCCUUUUGUACCACUCGCCACGGAAAAUGGUCACACGCUUUUGUCCUCAAGCCGAACACUAUCAGAAACACGGGAUCCCUGGAAGCCGCCAUCUUGGCCAUUGGCGGUGGCGCACCCACCCCCGUGCUACUGCGCGUGCGCGGCGCUGCGACACACUCCGACCCCAUCCCGCGUUCCCAGGGGGCGGUGGGAAGCGGAAGUGCUCCGCUGACCCGGGAGGGCGGUCCCUAGUUCACACUGGCUGUUGUCAUCGGCCUCUGAGGCUUCAGGCUCUUGGCGGUGAAGGUCAGAGUGCAGACCUGAGACCACUGCUCACCGACUUCAGACUCCAGUUUAUCUGUGCCCUGGCUUCCUCACUUAGUCUCAGAAGACUUAGGCUGAGGCCUCAGAAGGAGAUCUCCAUCCUUUGUCCAGAGCAGAACAGGAUGGCCAUGUCCCAGGAAUCAUUGACCUUCAAGGACGUGUUUGUGGACUUCACCCUGGAGGAGUGGCAGCAACUGGACUCUGCCCAGAAGAACCUCUACAGGGAUGUCAUGCUUGAGAACUACAGCCACCUGGUGUCCGUGGGGUAUCUAGUUGAGAAGCCAGAUGUGAUCUUCAGGUUGGGACCAGGUGAAGAGUCCUGGAUGGCAGAUGGGGGGACCCCGGUACGGACCUGUGCAGAAGUCUGGCAAGUUGAUGAGCAGAUAGAUCACUACAAGGAAAGCCAAGACAAACUUCCGUGGCAAGCUGCAUUCAUAGGCAAGGAAACACUGAAGGAUGAAAGCGGUCAAGAAUCCAGAACAUGUAGAAAAAGCAUUUAUCUGAGCACAGAAUUUGAUUCUGUAAGACAAAGACUCCCUAAAUAUUAUUCAUGGGAAAAGGCAUUCAAAACAUAAUUUAAACUUUCUUGGUCAAAAUAGAAGCUAUGUAAGAAAGACAGAUGAUGGAUGUAAAGCAUAUUGGAAAGUAUGCCUCCAUUAUAAUCUUCAUAAAGCUCAACCUGCAGAGAGAUUUUUUGACCCUAAUCAACAAGGGAAAGCCCUCCACCAAAAGCAAGCCCUUAGAAAAAGUCAGAGAAGUCAAACUGGGGAGAAGCUCUACAAAUGUACUGAAUGUGGAAAAGUGUUUAUCCAGAAAGCAAACUUAGUUGUACAUCAAAGAACUCACACCGGAGAGAAACCUUAUGAAUGCUGCGAAUGUGCAAAAGCCUUCAGCCAGAAGUCAACCCUCAUAGCACACCAGAGAACUCACACAGGGGAGAAGCCCUAUGAAUGCAGUGAAUGUGGAAAAACCUUUAUCCAGAAGGCACCACUUAUUAAACAUAAGAAAAUUCAUAUGGAGAGAGACCCUAUAAAUGCAGUGUCUGUGAGAAAGCCUUCAGUAGGAAGUCAACUCUCAUUAAACAUCAGAUAAUUCAUAUGGGAGAAACGUUAUGAAUGUAAUAAAUGUGGGAAAUCUUUUAGUGUUAAAUCAACUCUCAUUGUAUGUCACAGAACAUAAAUGCAUAAGUUGCAUGCUAUUGUGAGUAGUGUGAUGAAAUUUUGCACUGUCCUGCUCUUUCCUGCUCAGGAUGCAAAUCAGUGAAUCUUUUUUUUUUUUUUUUUUUUUUGAGACAGAGUCUUGCUCUGUCAUCCAAACUGGAGUGCAGUGGCACAAUCUUGGCUCACUGCAACCUCCGCCUCUUGGGUUCAACCGAUUAUCCUGCCUCAACCUCCCAAAUAGUUGGGAUUACAGGCACAUGCCACCAUAUGCAGCUAAUUUGUAUUUUUAGUAGAGACAGGGUUUCACCAUGUUGGCCAGCCUGGUCUUCAACUCCUGACCUCAAGUGAUCCGCCUGCCUCAGCCUCCCAAAGUGCUGGGAUUACAGGCAUGAGCCACUGCACCCGGCUUGAAUCAUCCUUUUGUCCAGUAUUAUAUCCAUGCUGUAUAUGCUACCCGCCCACUAGUCCCUUAGCUGUCUCAGUUGUCAGAUUGACUGUCAUGGGAUUGCAGUGCUUGCAUUAAAGCUACCCUUAUUGUGUAAUGACCCCAAAGUGCAAGAGUAGUGAUGUUGGCAAUUUGCAUACACCAAAAAUAAGUUAUAAAGUGCUUCCUUAAAGUGAAAUGGUUAAAGUUCUUGACUUAAUAAAGAAAAAAAAUGUAUGCUGAGGUUGUUAAGAUUUACAGUAAGAAUGAAUCUUCUAUCCAAGAAAUUGUGAAGAAGGAAAAAGAAACUUGUGCUAGUUUUGCUGUCACAUCUCAAACUGCAAAAGUUGUGGCCACAGUGCAUCAUAAGUGCUAAGAUGAAAAAGACAUUAAAUUUGCGGAUGGAAGGCGUGAAUAGAAAUGGGUUCUGACAGCAAUCAGGUUCGGUACUAUUCACAGUUUCAGGCAUCCGCUAGGGAUCUUGGAACAUAUCCCCCAUGGAUAAGGGAGGAGUACUGUACCUUGUCAUAUUGUGCAUUAAAGAAUUCAUUGAGUGUAAUCAUGUAAGUCUAACACACAUUUAAAAAGCCCUCAGAAAUCAUUUCGCCUUCGGUUGAUGUAAGAAAAUUCAAAAGUUACUCAAAUCAUUCAAUAAAUGAUAAAUUAUU